AAACACCCGCUUACCUCCGAGAAUACGAAGACUAUAAAGGCAAUAAAGCCUCUUUUUAUCAUUGCGACAAUUGUGCCACUCAAGCCUAUCGCUACUUCCGCCAAGAAGCCCGUGACCAUGAGCGAGUCCAAGAAGAAGCCCAAAAGAAAAAAGAACAAGCCGAACAAUCUUCUGGCAAAUUAACUUCCAGCACCAGCAACGCUACUGAUGCUGAUAAUCAAACUAAAAAAGGAAAAAAAUUAGAAGAGCAAAACGAAAUCUUGGAAGAAUUAAUUGCUAAACAAGAAGAAUUACAAAGAUUAUUAGCCGAAGAAUUAGAAAAAGAAACUCCCACUAUAAUUUGUGCCAAAUGUGGCCAAAAUAUAAGUGGUAAAUAUUGGAAAAAUAAACAAGAUCAAAAUGUUUUUUGCUCUGAAAGUUGCUAUGAUGGUUAUUAUGCUACUGAAAAAUGUGAUGACUGCGGAUUAAAAAUUACCGGCAAAA